CGACUGACAACUGACAUUACAUUAUACGUCAACGUUUCUUUCCUGUUGUAAGUUAGCAAAAUUCCAUAUUGAUAUAAGGUGUGUUGGUCAAAAUUUAUUAUAUAGGUAUAGAAACAGUCAUGACUAUGACGGAUAUUCAAUCGGGGGGCGAAUGCUCUCACUUUGUUGCGCCCAUUAUACAAGAUAAUCCUUCGGGAUGGGGACCAUGCGAGGUUCCUGAUCAGUUCAAAGACAUGCCCUACCAACCUUUCAGCAAAGGUGAUCGUUUGGGAAAAAUUAGUGACUGGACUGGAGCUGCGUUUCAGGAUAAAAAAUAUGCUAGCAAGUAUGCUUCACAGUUUGGUUCUGGUAGCCAAUAUGCUUACUAUCAUGAAGAGGAUGAAAGUACUUUCCAUUUGGUUGACACUACUAGGAUUCAGAAACCACCAUAUCAACGUGGUCGCUUCCGUGCCAAUCAACGGAACAUGCGUGGCAGAGGAGGAAGAGGAAAUGCUCAAGGUGGAGGUAUGCAAUCCUUAGGCAAGGGUAUGAAAGCUAGGGAUACUUACAAGAGGAGUCAGGUUAAAAGAUGGGGACAGGGAAGGCCUCAAAUCAAAAUAAGAGAUGCUUCAGUUACAGUUCGACCAGAUUGGAGUACCAUUGAGGAAAUGGACUUCCCUCGGCUUGGGAAGUUGUCUUUACCAGGCAUCAAAGAUGGUGAUGAUAUACUAUGCUGUGGAGAGCUGGAAUACUAUGAUAAAACUUAUGACCGUGUCAAUGUGAAAAAUGAAAAAGCCUUACAAAGUGUCAAUAGGAUUUUCCAUACAGUAACUACCACCGAUGAUCCUAUGAUCCGAAAACUAUCAAAAACCGAAGGAAAUGUUUAUGCUACUGAUGCUAUUUUGGCAACUAUUAUGUGUUGCACACGCUCCAAUUAUUCUUGGGAUAUUGUCAUUGAAAAAAUUGGUGACAAACUUUUCUUUGAUAAAAGAGAUAAUACUGAGUUUGAUUUGUUAACUGUUAAUGAAACAUCUGUUGAACCUCCUCAGGAUGACGGAAAUUCUUUGAAUUCACCUCGUAAUCUUGCAUUGGAGGCUACAUUCAUUAAUCACAAUUUCAGUCAACAGGUAUUGAAAGCUGGAAAUAAUGAGCCACGCUAUAAAUUUGAUAAUCCUAACCCAUUCAUAUCUGAAGAAGAGGAAGGAGAAAUUGCAAGUGUUGCUUACCGAUAUAGGAAAUGGGAUUUAGGUGGAGGAGUUAUUUUGGUAGCGAGAUGCGAACAUGAUGCAGUGGUCCAGUCUCCCAACGGGGAACUUCAAUUCCUCUCUAUCAAAGCUUUGAAUGAAUGGGACUCCAAACUGGCGAAUGGUGUUGAGUGGAGACAAAAGUUGGAUACGCAACGUGGUGCUGUUUUGGCUAAUGAACUUAGAAACAAUGCUUGCAAACUGGCCAAGUGGACAGUCCAGGCCAUUCUGGCUGGUAGUGACCAGAUCAAAUUCGGUUAUGUAUCUCGUGUACAUGUCAGGGACAACAGCAAGCAUGUCAUAUUAGGGACGCAGCAGUAUAAGCCACAUGAGUUUGCUACCCAGAUCAAUCUCAAUAUGGACAAUGCAUGGGGUAUUCUAAG